UUUAACCUCACUAUUUUUCACAUGUUUACAAGUUAUACGACCUUUUGUAUUUUUAACGUGUGUGCAAAGUAUAAUUUUACGAGUUCGCUAAUUAUUAACAAAUCAUGAGCAAAGAAAAAAUUAGGGUGGCAAACUUUUCUAGUGCAGAGAAACUGCUUCUGUUAACGAUAAUUUCAGAAAAAUAUAGUAAAAUACUAGAAGACAAAAAAACUGACCGCAUGUCUGUCUCUCAAAAAGAGCAGGCAUGGUCACAAAUCGAAAUAGACUUUAAUGCUUCGUCUACUACAACGUUCCGAAACGCAUCCUGUCUAAAGAAGUGUUACGAAAACAGGAAGAAAGAACUGCGUAAAACUGUAGCCAAUCAUAAACGAGACGUCUUAUUAACUGGUGGUGGGCCACCACCUAAGAAAAAGAAAGACGAUGACGAAACAUUGAUUGAUGAUAUACUGACAUCAAUCAUGAAUGAAAAGACUUUGGUAGGACUACAAAACCCAUUUGAUGACGAUGUUGAUGAAAACGCAAUCCCACAACGUAAUACUCAACAAUUCGAUACAGAUACUGAGUUUGUGUUGGAGGUUGGCAGUGAAUAUUAUGCUGAUAACAACACUUCACAAAUUCAGACUGCACAGGGCGUCAUGCCAGCAUCCAACGUUAUGAAUUGGAAAAGGAGUACUCCAAAUCAAUUAAAACAACCAAUAAGUGCAACACUUUGUGCCAUUGCAAAAGAUGAACAAAUGGCACCACAACUAGACAUCACCACACCUAAUAGCUCUAAAGCGCGAACACCAAAACAGUGUAGCAGAAGAAGACCAACAAUCGUCGUGAAAACGCUAACAUCGUCUGACAUUGCUAAGAAAUACAAUAUAUUACUUGAUAAACGAAUUUCUUUAUUGGAUGCACAACAUAAACAUAUGGAAAAAGAAAAUGAAUUAAUUCUCAAAAAGCAUCAACUAGAAAUUGCUUUGUUAACUAGGAAAUUGAAAAGAGAUGAAGAGCUUGACACUGAAAAUUAGUAAUUAUCUGUUUUAUACUUAUAGUA